CCAAUCAACAUCAAAAGUGAAGAGUUUCACUCUUAACUGUCUUCCUUCUUCUUUAACGCUGCCGCUUGCCCGCAUGCUGCCCGCUAGUUAUGUGACUCGAUUAUUUACCUCCAUUGUCCCUUGUGUGUGUUUUUUUUUUUUUUGUAGCGGUGUGGCUCACUUUCUCAUUCUGCUGUGAGGAGCCGCUGCUACCCGUUGCUCUCCUGCCUGCGUCCAGCUAUGGCGUCCGUGUAUAGCGGAUCCCAUACCUUGAGCAAGGAUGAUGUGAAUUACAGGAUGCAUUUCCGAAUGAUAAACGAGCAGCAGGUUGAAGAUAUCACAAUCGAGUUUUUCUAUAAACCGCACACAAUAACGCUGCUGACGUGCACCGUGCUCAGUUUGAUGUACUUCGCGUUUACAAGAGAUGAUGGAAACCCUGACAGUAAUCUUUGGGUGGGGCUCAUUCUGGUCAUCUCCUUCUUCCUUGUCAUCAGUGUUUUGGCAUUUCCUAAUGGUCCAUUCACCAGACCACACCCAGCAAUAUGGCGAAUAGUUUUUGGUCUGAGUGUCCUCUACUUCCUCUUCCUGGUUUUCAUCAUCUUCCUCAACUGGCACCAGGUGAAGCAGCUGAUGUAUUGGCUGGAUCCAAACCUGCGCUAUGCCAAAAGAGAGGCAGACAUUAUGGAAUAUGCUGUAAACUGCCAUGUCAUCACUUGGGAGAGAAUCCUGAGCCAUUUUGACAUUUUUGCAUUCAGCCAUUUCUGGGGCUGGGGUAUGAAGGCACUUCUCAUUCGAAGUUAUGGCCUGUGCUGGACCAUCAGUAUUACCUGGGAACUUACUGAGCUAUUCUUCAUGCAUCUGUUGCCUAACUUUGCUGAAUGCUGGUGGGACCAAGUAAUUCUCGAUAUUCUGCUGUGUAAUGGAGGGGGAAUCUGGCUUGGCAUGACUGUCUGCCGCUUUUUAGAGAUGAGGACCUACCACUGGGCCAGUAUUAAGGACAUCCACACCACCACAGGGAAGAUCAAACGAGCCGUGUUGCAGUUCACCCCCGCAAGCUGGACCUAUGUACGCUGGCUUGACCCAAAGUCUUCACUGCAGCGAGUGACGGGCGUCUAUCUGUUUAUGAUCAUUUGGCAGCUCACUGAGUUGAACACAUUCUUCCUUAAACACAUUUUCGUCUUUCCUGCGAGCCACGCUCUGAGCUGGUGUCGAAUCCUGUUCGUCGGUAUCAUCACAGCUCCAACAGUAAGGCAGUAUUACGCGUACCUAACAGACACACAGUGCAAGAGAGUCGGGACCCAGUGCUGGGUAUUUGGGGCAAUAGCCUUUCUGGAGGCUUUGGCGUGUAUUAAGUUUGGACAGGAUUUGUUCUCAAAAACACAGAUCCUCUAUGUGAUCCUCUGGCUUUUGUGUUUGGCCUUCAUUACAUUUCUGUGCCUGUAUGGAAUGGUAUGGUAUGCAGAAACAUAUGGUCCAAGGGAAAAGAGCCUCUCAGAAUGUGAAGACAGUAAUUUCCCAGAGUCUGCUGAACAUGUGUUUGAGGGAUUUAAAGGAGAAACUGAUGCUGACAGCGACAGCCCUAAAACCAGACAAAGAAGGAAGGGUUCCGGAAAGACCAACUCCAUCAAUGGCCUCGACAGUCAGUAGGAGUGGGAGCCUGAGGCUGUUGGGUAACUCCUGAGCGCAACCUGAAGUGUGAAGGAUUACAGAUCGAAAAAGGGGGGUAAAGCUAUGACCACUUCCUGAUGUAACUGAUGCCUAGAAAGCCACCCAGCUGCAGUAGAUGGAGUGCAGACAGCAGAAGUGGAAAAACAGGUCCAUGCAGUGUUAGGAGUGCACAGUGGCUUCCACUACACAGAUACACACCGCGGUGUGUGCUGUAGUCAUAAAAGCUCCUAAACCACUGAUCACUUUUUUUGUUUGUUUGUUUUUUGGAUGAAAGUGUAAGAGAGUUUUAUUUUGUGCGAGUGUGUGAGAGAAAUGUGUGGCAAUAAAAACUGCCAAUUCUAAAUAUAAUUGCAUGAUCAUUGUAGCCGAAGAGCUAUAAUUCAUAGUUAUCCUAUGAUACAGUAUCAUUGAAGGCUAAUGUACAAUUGACUGAUUUAUACCAACUCUGGUAUAACACACAUUUCAAUGUUAAAAGCCAUUAUGUAUAAGUUAUCACUUAUUGGAGCCUCUAUGUUUAUAGCACAAAAAAAAAAAGUCUUUUUAUAUACAUGUCUGUCACUGAUUAUCUAUAGAUGUUCACUAUUUCAUGUUUUUUAACUUGAAUGUGGGCAGGACUUCAAUACCAGACAGCUUUAGCAUGGUAGGAUCACCGACUUAGGUCUGUGUUUGACUGAAGCAGAGCACACAGUUUAAGCACUUUGCAGAAAGUUUAUUGAAAAUACUGUACAUUAAGUAAUGUUCGAGUAUUUUGUGAAUCAUUGUGACCUUGAGUGAUUUUACUCUCCUUGUCCACCUGUGGCUGCUAUCAUUAUUUUUUUCUUUUUUUUACUAAUAAGAGAUGGCACUUAUUCAAAUUACUGCAUGUUUUCCUGUCUGUGUCUGUGUUGACAUUCUUGUUGCGUAUAUUGCAUUUGCAUGGCUGACUCCAAUCAAAUCAAAUGUUGUAGUAGGAAAACGUUACAAGAGUAGUCAAACAGUCUUUGUAUUACACCACACAGCAGGAUGCCAGUAUUGUUAUUGUUUCACUGUUGUGGUAACAUUUUAAUUCACCCCUUGUGCCUGUUUGCAUGUUGUUGUUGUUUUGUUUUUGUUUUUUUUAUUCCUAUUUUCUCUCAGUUUGUAUUAAAACUGACUUUUGUGUUUGAUUCUUCUAACCUUGAGUAGUUUAUUUUGAAGGUUUAUUUUCAUUUGUUGUGUCGGUAUCAUCUCAGUACAGAUAUACUAUCCCUCCUAAUCCUUGACAAUCCAGACGUUGACCUCUCUGGAACAGACUGGGCUCCCAUGCUACACACAGUAGACGCUAAAUGGUACCUUGUCUCUGGAUUUAGAUGUCAUUUGCCAAAAAAAAAAAACAAUUCUGCUGAAGAUGACCUGUGCUGUUCUUUUCCACUGUGAAACAUAUUAAAAUGUUUUAAUUUCCUCUUAA